AUGUCCGAGGAGAAGCCCAAGGAGGGAGUGAAGACAGAGAAUGACCAUAUCAACCUGAAGGUGGCUGGGCAGGAUGGCUCUGUCGUCCAGUUCAAAAUCAAGAGGCACACGCCUCUGAGCAAGCUGGUGAAGGCCUACUGGGAGCGACAGGGCUUGUCACUGGAGAUGGAGGAUGAAGACACAAUCGAUGUGUUCCAGCAGCAGACGGGUGGCACAUGGGCGACCGGAGACCUGUUGGGAUGUCGCAUCUAG